AGCGAUCAGAGGUGUGCUCGUCAUAGGCGGUGAGAGUCAGAGUGUACGUGCUCCAACCAAUAUUACAAAACAUGUUUGCUCAUUACCUUAUUGUCUCUACCAAGCUAAACAUCACUACGACCCCACCAAUCAAGCAAGCCACCGGAGCUUGUAGCAGUUUCAACAGAUGAGGGAGAUCGAAAAUGAUACGCAUUCGGUGUCGUCCACGUUCACCGACGAGUUUCAGCUGGGGCUCGCACAUGAUCUGGAAAAGGGCCCCAAUGAAGUGACACCGGAAGAACCAGAAUGCUUGGCUCAGAAAGUUGCCAAAGAAGAUGAAAAGUCGGCUUCGAGGUGGAAGCUGGUCGUCCUCGUCCUCCUGUCGGUGAAUGCAGUGGUCAUUGUGUUGGGCACCUACAAAUACUUGGUUGCCGAAGAGGAGAAAAAUGUAAAGAAUGCUUUCGCACUCCUUGCCAACACUGUCAUUGACGCUGCCCAGCAUCAAGCAUCCAACUUGGAGGACAGCUUUCUUGCGGCCGGUGACACCCUCGCAGUGAUGGCAGAGACAAGCGGCAGUACCUUCCCUAACAUCACUAUACCGCAUUUUGAUGUCUGGGCGGGAAACAUCUUGGAGCUUACAGGCACAGAACUCGUUGGCUUUGCUCCUAUCGUAAACGACACUCAACAGAAGCGCAUUUGGGAGUCGUACGCCCUCCCAUGGUCCAACGGUACCACAAACACUCCAAAGAUCUUUGCUCUCGAGGGCUCCGAUGAUGGCGUUGUUCGGCGGGCUCAGAGAGGCCCCGGCCCUUAUGCGCCUGUUUGGCAACUUUACCCCGACUCUGGGCACGAGGGUAUCAUCAAGUUCGACCUGUUGUCCAAUUCAGUCUUCCAGCGAAUGUACGAGAAGAUGGUUGAAACAGGUCGAUCCGUGAUGUCGCCAGUGCUGAAUCUUGAGGCAUUGAUGGGCGAUCCAAGACCCAAACGGCAGGAUGGUACCAGCCUCGAACCGAUGCCUCGAAGUGUCUUCUUUCAACCAGUAUACAGCCAAGUUGGAGCCAACGCCACCACCAGUGCCUUGAGUGGAGUUCUCUUUGGUGUAGUGUCCUGGGAAGACUCCUUCAGGGAUCUAUUGGAAGGAGAGAAUGAAUCCCUCUACAGUGUCGUGGAAAACGACUGCUCGAACCAGAAGUUCACAGUGCUGAUCCAUGGCAAUGAAGCCACCUCCCUUGGGUCGGGUGAUCGCCACAACGAAACUAUCAAUGAAAUCAUGGUUUCCACCGAAUUCGGAGACAUUGGUUUCGAGGCGAGCCACCGCAAUGUGGGAAACGAAACCUACCAACAAACCCAAAAUCACUGCAAGUACCGCUUCGACUUGUACUCCACCUCCUACUUCGUACAAGCUUACAAGUCAGACCUUCCCCUGGUUGUUAGUGUCGCGGUUGCCACUAUGUUCUUUAUCACUGCAGCAGCCUUCGGGAUCUAUGUAACAUACAUCCAGAACAGGCAAAAUAGGCUCCUCAGCAUUGCCACUCACACAAGCAAGAUAGUUUCUGGACUGUUUCCAACGUCCGUGAGGGAUCGUAUUCUGAAAGACGCCGAAGAUCAGGCUUUCCAAGCUCUAAUUGAAGAGCAAGAGGCAACGAACAAAAAGAGCAUCAAGGUUGCCGAACGACGCCGUAGUAGUGUCCUCGGGCAAUUGCGGAGUAGCCAAAGCACUGGCAGCGGCGACUUCUCCUUCCUCCAAGAGCACCUGUCAAGGGCUGCCGGAAACAUGCUGGACGCUUCGAAGGCGCCUAUUGCAGAAGAAUUUGUUGAGACUACGGUUUUCUUCGGAGACAUUGUCGGAUUCACUGCCUGGAGUGCCGUUCGUCCUCCCACUGAGGUAUUCCACCUUCUUGAAACCUUGUAUGGGGCCUUUGACAAGUUUGCUUCACGGCACUCUGUGUACAAGGUGGAGACAGUCGGCGAUUGUUAUGUUGCUGUAACUGGGGUGCCCUCGCCCAAUCCCCAACACAGUGUUGCCAUGGCUUGCUUUGCGUUGGAUUGCAUGGCAUCUUUGCGGCAGAUUCUGACAAGCCUAGGUGACACUCUAGGCAAAGAGACGUGCUCCCUCAACAUGCGCAUUGGUCUUCAUUCUGGCAAAGUAACGGGCGGUGUUCUUCGUGGCGAUCGGGGUCGCUUCCAGUUGUUUGGGGACUCUGUCAACACGGCAGCUCGAAUAGAGACCAGCGGUAUGCCCGGGCGUAUCCACUUGUCGGAGACAACAGCUGACGGCUUGAUUGCUGCAGGAAAAUCGUCAUGGGUUGUUCCUCGGGAAGACAAAGUACUUGCGAAAGGAAAAGGAGAAUUGACCACCUACUGGCUUGAGAAGCGCCGAGGGGCGAAUAGGAGAGAUAGCCAACCUUCUGCGAACAUGGGUGGUGCAGCCGAGUAGUGUUUUGGUUCCUGUACAGUGUGUUUAUCUGUCAAAGAUUUUUAUUAAGUUGUUUCUAUUAGUCUUGAAAAAUCAUAUCGUCA